AAUACAACAAUGUCCUAUACACGGGGCACUUCGGUAGCAACAAAGACGCUCACCGGUAUUGCAAAGCACUACUACUGGCCCUACAUGGCAGACGACGUACAGAAAUUCGUCACCUCGUGCGACACAUGUCAGCGGAUGAAGAGCAGCAAGCAGAAAAAGGCAGGACUGCUAGAGCCUGUUCCUAUCCUAGAACAACCAUGGCAAGUGGUUAGCCUGGACUUCAUAACCGAGUUACCAACUACCACAAGCGGUCAUGACACAAUCCUCGUCGUCAUCGACAAAUUCUCCAAAAUGGGACACUUCAUCCCGACACACACGAUAGCACGCACCGAGGAGUUGGCACAACUGUUCGUUCGCUACAUCAUCUCCGACCGAGACCCCAAGUUCACCGACAAGUUUUGCAAGGAACUGGUGUCUCUGCUCGGGACCAAACUAGCCAUGUCAUCCGCCUACGAUCCACAAACAGAUGGACAGAUCGAGCGCCUCAACCAAAUUGUAGAGCAACUCCUCUGCGCAACAUGCAAGGACGAAAUCUCUAAUCUAUAGCCUCGGCUGGCUAUACGCAGAGUGA